CCAAUGGCACCUGGCUGGAGCUGGCGCCGGUGGCGGCUGUCAGCGUCCACCUGUUCACCGGCAACGGGACCGAGGUGCCGCUGGCCGGCCCCGUCCACCUGUCCGUCCCUUUGGCCCCCGACGCCGCGGCCGUGGUGGCCACCAGCGUGCCAGCCUGGAGGUUUGACCCCAAGAGCGGGCUGUGGGUCCGUAACGGGACGGGGCUGAUCCGAAAGGAAGGCCGGCAGCUGUACUGGACGUUCGUCUCCUCCCAGCUGGGAUACUGGGCAGCAGCUCUGCCCUCCCCCAGCACAGGGCUGGUGGCGAUGGCAGCAGGUGUGACAGACAUCACCACCUACCACACCAUCUUCCUCCUCACCAUCCUGGGUGCCCUGGCGCUGCUCGUCCUCAUCCUCCUCUGCCUCCUCAUCUACUACUGCAGGUCAGCACCGGCUGCAUCCUCACCACGCUGGGGGUGGGAACAGAACCCAACAUUCCCUGUGGGAAUGAGGGUCAGCACCCACCUGUACCCCCUGGGUGCUCCAUAACUGGGGGGGAGCAUUUCCAGGCACCGUGUAACUGGUUACGGGGAGGGGGCAGCAUCCUCCUGGUAGCCCUGGGUGCCCUGGAUCUGGCUUUGGGAAGGGGGGCACCACCCCAUGGCACCCCCAGGUGCCCUAGACCCCUAGGUGCCUACCCCUAUGGGAAAGGGGUACCACCCUCCUGGCAUCCUUGAGUGCCCUGUAGCCGUUUUGGGGGAGUCACUGCCCCUUGGAACCUCCCAAUGCCCUCUAGUUGGCUAUGGGGAGGAGGCACCAGCCCGUGGCACCUCUGGGUGCUCUUCAGCUGGAUUUGGGGGCCAGACACCGAUCUCCAGACACCUGUAGGGUGUCCUACGGCUGGCUUGGGAGGGGGGACACCAGUACCCAGCACCCCCGCGUGCCCUGUAGCCCCCUCCAGCAGGCGAGGGUGGGGGAGCAGGCGGC